AAAUAAAAAAAGGCUCUUAAGCUAAACCUAACUCUCCUUCUCUCUCUUUGCUUUUUUUUUUUUUCCCCCUCAUAAAAGCUUCCUACAAUUUGGUAUUGUCAAUAAAGCUAGGGUUUUUUUACAGCUUUGGAAGAAAUCUCUUCUGGGUCUACUCUUAUUGGUAGAGAGAUUUGGCAAAGAUUUGAUUUUUUUUCUUAAUUUUUUUGGUGGGGAGGAGUGGUUUAAACUAUGGAUGGUUAAUUGGGAAGCUAAUGCCAUUUGUUUGGAAAUUUGAAAUUGAAGAGUCAAAGAAGAUUAAUUUCCAUGUCUUGGGCUGGCCCUGAUGAUAUCUUUCUCUCCACUUCUCUUGCCACCUAUCUUGACAAGAAACUCCUUGUCUUGCUGAGAGAUGGACGAAAGCUUUUGGGAUUACUGCGAUCUUUUGAUCAAUUUGCUAAUGUUGUUCUAGAAGGAGCUUGUGAGCGAGUUAUUGUCGGUGAUUUAUACUGUGACAUCCCCUUAGGUCUAUAUGUAAUCCGUGGGGAGAAUGUUGUCUUAAUAGGAGAGCUGGACUUGGAAAAGGAGGAGCUUCCCUCACAUAUGACUCCUGUAUCGGCAGCUGAGAUAAAAAGGGCUCAGAAAGCAGAAAGAGAAGCAACAGAUCUGAAGGGCUCCAUGAGAAAAAGAAUGGAGUUCCUUGAUUUUGAUUAAUAGACCCUGCUAUUUUGUUAGAGUUUCAUGCCAUGUUCGCAAAUAUUAGUGCGAUUGUGACCCAAAAUUUGAAUGAGGGUGGGAUAGGCAUGAGACAUUCUUACUUCAUCUCGGUUAUUGGAGAAGGAAGCUAGAGCAGGGGGAGAAGUUCUUACGAUUCUGAAGACCUUAUAGGCUAAAAGGUUGGGAAGGGGAAAGUAUUUUUUCUGUCUCUUAAGAGACAGUGAUAAUUUCCUUGUACCUUCAUAGCAUGGGCGAUAGCUCUACGUGCAAUACCUAUAAUUAGGUUCUUCAGUGAGUUUAGGGUUUUAAAAGUUUUCGGUUUAUACUAAAAAUCGUGUUUGCUCCCCUUGUUUUAGUAUCUUUUCACUUCCUUUCUAGGCUCUUACAUUUCAUUUGAGUAGAAAUUGUUCAAAAUUGCUGUGGUUUGUUGCUUUGGUGCCGCAUUUUGUAAUGGCACAGUCACUUUCAAUUUAUUUGUAACGUGUUUAGUUAUGUUUCAUGAUCAUUAAGUGCAGAAGUUUAUUCAA